AUGAGCGAUUCAACAUGGCUGCCCAGAGUUUAUCGGCUGCGAAGGCUCCCACAUCACGUUGGGAGUGAGGCUGAGGCCGAGGACUUGUUUAGCAAAGCAUUUGACGUACCGUCUGACAAUAUUCGAGUUCACUCGCUGGCAACCACGCACAAUCGAUUGGAAGUUCCGCCUUCCAAAGUGUGCACUCUCCGACUGAGAAGCUUACCAGCCUGUGUAAGACGAGAUGGGAGCGACAAUGAGUGGGAGGCGCCACACCCCGAACAGCCAGGUUGCAAACUUGUUCUAGAUACUCAUUUCGAGGGUAUAACAGUUCUCAAUGACAUCAAGCCGGAUUCUCAUCAUACAGACUGUAUCUGCAUUUCAGGCCUUGCCAGCCACCCAUUUGGCUCGUGGCAAACACAUGGUCAUGAUAAGUCUUUCAUGUGGCUGAGGGAUGAGAUUCCCAGGCUUAUUCCUGGAGUCCGCGUGAUUCUGUAUGGAUACAACUCUCAGAUACUUAAGAGCAAAUCCUUCCAGAGCAUCACUGACAUUGCUCUUGGGUUGAUAAAUCAACUGCAGGCCGGGGGAUGGACGAUGAAAUCCUCAAAGUCACUUAUCUUCUUAGCCCAUAGCCUCGGUGGAAUUGUACUCAAGGAUGCUAUUGUUCAAAUUGCUGAUCGCGAGAUUGUGGCUUCUAUCCUUGAUAAAAUCAAGGGUAUCAUUAUGUUCGGUGUGCCUAACUUGGGCAUUUACAAUUCUCACCUGAUAAUGAUGACUCAGGGACAGCCUAAUGAAAGUUUAAUUCAAGAACUAUCCCGAGGAAAUGGUAAUUCUUAUUUACGGGAAUUGAAUAGAAGGUUUGAUGGUCUGUCUUUUAUUACCAGAGCCAAGAUUUAUUGGGCAUAUGAGACCAAAGAAUCAGCCACCGUACUCAGACAACUAGAUGGCCAAUGGGGGAGAAACGGUCCCUCCGAGAUUCUCGUUAGCCCAGAUUCAGCAACUUGCUACUUCAAUAGCAAGAAUAAGAUAAUGACUAUACCUAUUGAUAAAGAUCACUCGAGUAUGGUAAAAUUUUCGAGAGGGGAUAAAGAUCUGGAAAUAAUACUCCAGACCAUUGGAGAAUUAUGUUAUAUUAAACAGCCCGAAAAUCUCGACAAAUCAGUUGCCGGAUCCAACUUCAUGGGGCACCGGCCGUUGGAGAACUCCCAAGGGUCGAGUGAUGGUUCCCAUUUUCAAGGACAGGAGUUUCUGAUGGACCAAGCAGAUAUGUGCAAAAAUCUCAACGCUAAUGAACUAGACUUUCGGCUAAGCCAAAUCGAAGACCCAUUUCAGGAAACGUUCGGGUGGGUUUUUAAACUACCCCUGUUUCGUGACUGGCUUCAGCAAGGAUGCGACAUAUUCUGGAUCAAUGGUAAGCCGGGUUCCGGAAAGUCUACCCUCAUGAAACACAUAUUUAAAAGCAAGGUUACCUGGGAGUUAUUACAUGACUGGAGACGAAGCACGAAUGAAGUGAAAGAGAUGAUCGCAGGAUUCUUCUUUAAUUACCGGGGAACACCGCUACAAAAAUCGUUCGAAGGGAUUUUGAGAAGCUUGAUUUUGCAGAUUAUCAACCCUCACGUGCGCAAGUUUGCAAAAGAGCACUCGGAAAUAUCGGCCCUUCUGGCACGGAGAAAGAGAAUCUUAAGCUUUUUGGAACAAUUUGAAGAGCUUUUGCGAAUUAUCGCCCCAACAGCGUUGGCGACUGAUGGCGACAACCAAUCAUCUCAAAAUGAGAGGGAUCAAAUACUCCCUAACAUUGAGUCCGCGGAGAAGCAGCUUUCCGAUAUCGAUGGAGAACUGUCUUUGAUCUUCCAAAAACUUCAAUACUAUAAAGACUCCCCUGACUUCAGAUUACUCUCCCUUAUUCAGACGGAAUAUCGACAGCCAGGAGACGGACUAAUUCAUAAGUUGGAGAAAAUGCUCCGUCUGCUCUUGGAUCAGAAUAUCAUACAGAUGGACUUAUUCCUAUUUUUCGACGCUCUAGAUGAAUUUGACGGUCAUUUGGAUAUGAUAUGUCGUUUUUUGAAGAGCUUGAUUCUGAACCCUUCAAAUAAUGGCACUAGAGUCAAAGUUUGCUUUUCUAGUCGGCCAUGGAAGGCUCUUCAGGAACAUUUCUACGAAUACCCGGGUUUCAGCUUACAGGAACACACCCAAGAUGACAUUGAAAGUUAUGCCGCUAGUCGCCUAGCUAUAUCCUGCACCACUUCAUCCAUCACCCAGGAUCUCAUCCCAACUAUUAUUGCGAAGGCAAGCGGUGUGUUCCUGUGGGUUAGACUAGCCAUUAGUGAGAUCCUUGCCACCGUCUCCGCACACCCCAAGGGCAUAUCGAAAGAAAAGCUCCGAGACGUGCUCCAGCACCUCCCAGACGACCUCCAGGAAUUUUACAAACUCACUGUGGAUCGCAUCGCGAAGAGUGAUCGUCGCCGCGCUUUCGCCCUUCUUGAACUCAUCAUCCGUGCGCGGGAACCCCGGCAUGUUGAUGACAUUUGGCGUGCAGUUCAAAUUGCAGGCUGCUCUACUUUUCAAGAGGCAUCGCCAUUCGUGAAAUACACAUUUGGAGUAUGGCAUUGCUAUCCCCGCGACCAAAACCCUCAUAUUGAACAGGUUUCCGAUGUUAUUACUUGGGGCGGCGGAUUGGUCGAAGUUGUUAGAGGCUACCCACAGCUGAUGCACCAAACAGUACUGGAGUUCACCCUGAGCCUGUCCUUCAAGAAAUAUGUCCUUGGUGAUUUGAGCUCUCUUGUUACCGAGAACGGGCAUUCGUUCUACAUGAAGUUCUUACUCUCCAGUAUGGCUUGGGAUAAUAUGCUGCGCGAAACCCCGCAGACUGAAGACCAGGACGAGCUGGCAUUUCAUGCGAAACAAUCUGAGUUGACAACGGGGAAGAGCCAUCUUCAAUUCUUUCAAAGCAUACCUGAAGCCGAGCUUGUGAAACUCAGCGAAGUGGAUAUUAGCCCUUACAGUCGAGUAGCAGCGAGCCUCGUUUUUUUCUCUUCUCUCGGCUUGGUUCUCUGUAUAAGGGAUUGGAUGGAGGGGAACCCCAGUAAGCUGCAGCAUGUGUGCAAAAAAGAAGCCAGCUUGCCGAUCAUGACAUCGCUAAUUAUAAAGCGGAUUGAGUCCGGGGAGUUACAACGCCGAUAUUUGGAAACCUUUAAAUCGCUCCUGGAUCAUGGGUUUGACAUGAAGAGAGACCCCGAUUUCUUGGAAACCCUUGUUACGAGAUGUUUAGCUAUUGUGCGGACUAGUGACAAUGAGGUGUCAUUUUCAAGAGAUGGGCUGGAUUCAGAUUCUACUGUCAUCUCUGUCGAGUACAGAAGGCGAAAGAUUGUCCAGAAUUUCACCGCUCAGCUCGCUUCGGAGGAUGAGCAAACUUUCCACGAUCUUGACGCUGCAAAUAAAGUUUGCGAAGUGGUCUAUGAGAUAUUUGACAUUCUGGCCAAAGCGGGGGUUGACUUCCUCCUUAUAAGCGAGACAUUGAUGCAAAAAUUGAUCAAAGAACUUGAAAGACGGGGUCACGUGACAGAUAUACUGCGGGAAUGGCCAAGGGGCAAAACACGUACGCUUGGGCGGACGUAUAUUCGGAGACUUAAACGCCUUUUUAAAUAG